AUGAUUGAUCAAUGCAUGGUAAAUAAUAAACCAUACAUAGAGGCAAUGAGAUAUGCCAUAAUUUCACAUAAUGUUUCAUACGUCUCAAUGCUAAGAUUUCAGCACAAAUGCGAUAUUCCAUUAGAUUGGUGUGGAGAUUAUAAUAAUAUACAUGCAUUUUGCAUUUACUUGAAAUCUACAUGGAAUUACCAAAAAUGCCUCAAUUAUUCACCAUAUUUACAGCUGCCAAAUAUUUUUCUUUACGAAUACUUAAUUGCACAUGGAGCAAAUAUCAAUUCUAGAGACAAAUUUAGAAUGUCAGUUCUACAUUAUGCCGCAGAGUCUAAUUUCAAACCAACUAUUGAAUAUCUUUUUAAAAAAGGUUCUAAAACGGAUACACAAAAUUUUCUCAAUCAAACUCCUUUCCAGGUUGCAAUGGCGAAAUUAAAUCUAGAAUGCAUAAAAGCAUUUGUUUCUCAUGGUGCAGAUAUCGAUACAGAGGAUUCUAAUAAAUGGAAUCUUCUUCACUAUGCAGCAAGAUUUAAUUCUUUUGAAAUAGCAAAGUAUGCGGUUUCAGAAGGAAUUAAUAUCAAUGUUCGAAGUAAUGAUGGCUUGACUGCUCUUCACUUGGCUGUUUCAUCAAAUAAUUUGGAAAUGGCAAAAUAUUUGAUAUCGCGUGGCAUCUAUGUAGAUGCACAUAAUGCAAAAAAGGAAACUGCUCUGCAUCUUGCCGUAAUUAAAAAUUAUUUCGAAAUGUAA